AUGAUAAUUUCAUCCAACAGUGCCCGGGACUGCGAGGUCCGGCGUCUGGGAGAGGCGAAGCGGCGCCGUGCUGAGCUGGAGAGGCUCCGGGCCGAGGUGGAGAGUACAGAGGAGCCCGGCACCGCAGAGGAGGCUGAGACUGAGGUCAAAGAACUGAGGCGGCGCCUCCUCCGGGCAGGAAACCAACUGAAGGCUGCCGAGGAGAGAGACUACCAGACACAACACCAGCUGAAAUGUCUCUGGGAGGAGAAGCGAUGUCUGGAGAAGGAGAAUCAGACUCAGACUCAGACUCAACCCGCUGAGCUGGAGGACAAAGCAAAGGCCAUACAGGACCAGUGUGAGGACCUAAGAAAAGAGAUUGCCCAGAGACGACUGGAAAUAGGAAAUCUGUUGGAGGACGUGGAAAUCAGUGAAAGGCAGAUAUCGAAGGAACAGAAAGAGCUGGAAGACAAGAAGGAGAUCAUAGAGUUCAAAGAGGCGGAGAAAGCAAGGCUCAUCAGCGUACCUGACCAGAUUUUAAAGGAGGCUGAAAGGAAACGGACUAAGAAAGAGGCUGCCGCGAAGAAAAUAGAAGAACUGAAUGUGGAGAUCACAGAAAGCGAGCAGCGAGCGAAGAGGGCGGACGAGCGUAACCGCUCCCUCAAGAUGAAGGGCGAGGAGGUGACCGGCGGGGCGGAGGGUCUGCGGCGCCAAGUGGAGGAGGGCGAGCGGAAGCACGCGCUGCUGCUGAGGGCGGCGGAGGUCGGCAGGGAGGAGGCCCGGCAGCUGCUGUGCAACAGGAGCGUCCUUGAAAUGAAGCUGCAGAACGUCAUGUGCGACAGGAAGUACGUGCAUGAGAGCCAGUCUGCGCAGCUCAGGGAGAAAAACAGGCAGAUGCAAGCCCUCAAGAGUGUGGAGCAGUCACUGGCCACGUCCGCCGAGCAGCUCGAGCGCAGCCGGGCUGUCUACAGUGAUUUACAGGCACAGUUGGAUGCUGUCCCCAAAAGAGAGGCCGGCGUUCAGCGAAGGCUGGAGCUUCAGAAGGAGGUGGACGCUCUGAGAGCCAGCUUUGAAAACCGGCUGUCCGUGGCAGAGGAGGAGAGCCGGGAGAAGCGGCGGUACGGGAGGAUUCAGGAGCUGCUGAGGGAGUCGAACUGCCUGAGAGAAGAACUCCAUAACCUCAGAUGUCUGACACAGAUCAAAGCGGAGGAGAGAGGCCAGAAGCACCGCGAGCGGCUCAGGGCUGAGCAGCUGAACCAGCACAUCCAGCAGGAGCUCCGAGAGAAAGAUCUGAUCUGCACGGACCAGAGCAAGCUCCAGGCCGCGCUGCAGCGCAGAAUAUCGGCGCACUCUAAACUCUACGAUGCGAUGGUGGAGGAGAAGAACAAGUACGUCGGGCUGAAGCAGAUCAGCUCGCAGACGAUCGCCGAGCUGUCAGAGCAGAUUAAAGUCCUGCAGAACGAGAUGGAAAUCCAACGCACCAUCGUCACCAGCAAGGACAGGUCAUCUAUAAAGGCGCGCAUGAAGCUCUCCCACAUCUCCAAGACCAGAGACAAACUGCGCAACGACAUCUCCAAGGUUACCUGGAAGCAUCGUGAGUUGACUCAGGAGUUCGAGGACAGCAAUCUGGAGCUGUUGAGGCUCAAUCAGAUGAUCGGUAACCAGGAGGAGGCUCUCAUGGAAAUGAACAAGGAGCACGAAACCGCCGUACAGCAACGCAACUCUCUAGGACUUCGGCUGCUGGAGCACGACGAGGUUUUGUCCAACUACCGUGAGAAGCACGACGCGCUGACGGCAGCCAUCAGGGAGGGGAGCGCGGCUCUGGAGGCUUCGGAGGAGGACAUCAGAGACCUGCAGUUAGCGAUCAGUGAGGAGAAGAGACAGAUCGACCUGAAGGAGAGGGAGGUUCCCCUCCAGAGGGAGCUGGAGGGAGAAAUCACCACGCUGCACAUCGAGUUGUCAGAAGCCAGAGACAAAACGCUCAGAGGUCUGAAUCGAACCGUCAAUUACAAACAGCUUGAAGGCAAAGACCCGCCAUCAGCGGAGCUGGUCAAGAAAAUCGAGCAGCUUGAGGUGAACGUCGCCGAGCGAGAGAGGCAGCUGCUGGAGAAGGAGCUCCUGCAGGAGCAGGUGACCCGGCUCUCGAAGGCGCUCGGCGAACUCGCCGAGAACCGGAGAGAGGACACACUCUCUCUGGCAAAACAGCUGAAUGACUGCCAAGCCGACAUAAUCAACAUCAACCAGCGUUUGAGGGCCGUGUCGGCGGAGCUUUCCAUGAAGCGAGCGAUCGCUUUGUCCCAGCAGCAGCAGAUCAAAGAGAAGGAGCUCCAGAUGGACAGGUGCCAGCGGGGGCUGGAGGACGGCCUGCCGCCGCACCCCGAGCUGGAGGAGGAGUGGAGGAGGACGCUCCGGGACAAGAGGAGGCGGCAGAGGGACAGAGAGAGGAGAAAGAGGCGUCCUGAAGAGGAGGAGUGGAACCAGUUGCCUAAUGGGGUGUACACCACGGCCGAGCCCCGCCCCAACGCCUACAUCCCUCAGAACGACCUGCUCCCCCUGCCCAGGCCCUACGGCGCUCAGGCCCCCUUCAAAGCCUCCCAGCCCGGCGCCAACAUGAGACACAUCCGCAAGCCCACACUGAAGCCCUGAGACAUCUGAAGAACAGUGUGUGUGUGUGUGUGUGUGUGUGUGUGUGUGUGUGCAUGAUACGUGACAUGAAAUAUGUUUAAUUGACGGAGGAGAGAGGGGUUGAUGGCAUUUGUUGUUACAUAAUGUUCAGGCUCUGUGCUCAUUUUCUGCACCUAGCAGCACAUUACGAGCAUUCCCCCCCCCGCUUUUCUCCUGAAAACAAAUGAAUUUUUCAGGGACACCGGAAUAUUUCUGCAUAUUUCUGCACGCCCCUGUUGUUGUUUCAUCCCUCACGCUUGUAAUCUGUGAAUAAAUUGCA